CAUAUGCACGAUCAAUAUGGCGGCUUCUGUGUUUCGCAUUGGACUUGUGCAGCUUGCAGUAUCAGCAAACAAAGCACAAAAUCUGCUGAGAGCUAAGGAAAAGAUUAAAGAAGCUGUUGCACRAGGAGCGAAGAUUGUUGCACUUCCUGAAUGCUUCAAUUCCCCAUAUGGUACUUCAUACUUCRCUGAAUAUGCAGAGGAAAUCCCUGGAGAGAGUUCAAAUAUGCUCUCCGAGGUUGCCAAGGAAACUGAAGCAUACAUAAUUGGUGGAUCCAUUCCUGAGAAGGAUUCCAAUGGUAAACUAUACAACACCUCUCUCUCAUAUGGACCAGCUGGAAACUUGUUAGGCAAACACAGAAAGAUUCAUUUAUUUGACAUUGAUGUUCCUGGUAAGAUUCGGUUCCAGGAAUCUGAGGUAUUGUCUCCAGGAAAUCACCUCACUGUAUUUGACACAGACUUGUGUAAGAUUGGGAUAGGUAUCUGUUAUGACAUGAGGUUUCCUGAAAUGGCUCAGCUUUAUGCUAAAAAAGGCUGUCAACUCCUGUUCUACCCUGGCGCUUUCAAUAUGACAACUGGACCAGUGCACUGGGAGCCUCUUAUCAGGGGGAGAGCUCUAGAUAAUCAGCUUUACGUUGCUGCUGUCUCACCUGCAAGAGAUGAGAAAGCUACGUAUGUAGCUUGGGGCCACAGUACAGUAAUAAAUCCAUGGGGUGAUAUUGUUUCAAAAGCUGACCACACAGAGCAGAUAAUAUAUGCUGAAAUCGAUUUAAAAUACCUCGAACAAGUGCGUUCACAGGUUCCCGUUCAAGUGCAGAAGAGAAGUGACGUUUACAAACUUGAAAGUUUGCAGUAAUUCUGCUUUUAGUGAAUGAAAUUCUAGACUGAAAUGGAAGGCUGAAAUAAAAAGAAUUAAAGGCCUUUUUUCUUGUAUAGCAAAAAAUGUAUAUUUUUAAAUAAUUGUAAACCCAAUGGAAAUCUUAAAAUAAAUACAUCGCUUAGUGUACCGGUAAAAAAUACUUAAAGAAACCUAAGUUUUUCGAACUUUGUUGAAUCCAGAAACCACAGUCGGUUUCGAGAAAACAGAAAUGGAAAAACAUUUUCAUGAAACGAAAACCUUCCACCGCGAAAACGAAUUAUAAAGGGUUUUUUUUCAAUUAAAUAAUGUACUGUUCGUAGCA